AUGGAAAAUCCUAAUGCUUUUGUAUAUAAUGCAUUGAUUAGAGGUUGUGGUCGCUGCUGUUACCCAGAUCAUGCUUUGGGGUUUUAUAUAAGCAUGUUGAGGAACAAUGUCAUGCCUAACAGUUAUUCCUUUUCUUCUUUGGUCAAGUCUUGCACUUUGUUGAGGGACUCAGUUUUUGGAAAAGCUGUUCAUGGCCAUAUCUGGAAAUAUGGGUUUGAUUCUCAUAUGUUUGUGCAGACUACUUUGGUUGAGUUUUACUCAACUUUGGGUGAUGUGAGUAGCUCAAGAAGGGUGUUCGAUGAUAUGCUUGAAAGAGAUGUUUUUGCUUGGACCACAAUGAUUUUGGCCCAUGUUCAGGAUGGGGACAUGGCUUCUGCAGGUAAUUUGUUUGAUGAGAUGCCUGAAAAGAACAUAGCUUCGUGGAAUGCCAUGAUUGAUGGGCAUGCAAAAUUAGGCAAUACUAAGUCUGCUGAAUUUUUGUUUAACCAAAUGCUUGCAAGGAAUGUUAUUUCGUGGACAACCAUGAUGAAUUGCUAUUCUCGAGACAAAAGAUAUAUGGAUGUGGUAAGACUUUUUCAUGAUAUGAUCGAGAAAGGAAUUAUUCCUGAUGAAGUGACCAUGAGCACUGUCAUUUCAGCCUGUGCUCAUCUAGGAGCCCUUGACAUAGGAAAGGAGGUGUACCUUUAUUUGAUGCUGCAUGAAUUUGAUCUAGAUGUGUACAUUGGGUCCUCGCUGAUUGAUAUGUAUGCAAAAUGUGGGAGCAUAGAUAGGUCCCUUUUGGUGUUCUAUAAAUUGAAGAACAAAAACCUGUUUUGUUGGAAUUCUAUCAUUGAUGGACUUGCAACACACGGUUAUGCGAAAGAAGCACUAAGAAUGUUUGAUGGAAUGGAGAGGGAGAGAAUCCAACCAAAUGCAGUUACAUUCAUUAGUAUCCUAAGUGCUUGCACACAUGCAGGAUUUGUAGAAGAGGGUCGUUGUAGGUUUAUGAGCAUGAUCCAGGACUACUGUAUCACUCCUCAAGUUGAACACUAUGGAUGCAUGGUUGACCUAUUGAGCAAGGCUGGUUUGCUAAAGGAUGCUUUAGAGAUGGUCAGAAACAUGACAAUUGAACCUAAUUCUUUUGUUUGGGGUGCCUUGUUGAAUGGUUGUAAGCUACACAAAAACUUGGAAAUAGCUCAUAUUGCAGUUCAGAGUCUGAUGGUUUUAGAGCCAGGUAACAGUGGACAUUACAGUCUCCUUUUGAGCAUGUAUGCUGAAGUAAAUAGGUGGAGUGAGGUAGCAAAGAUUCGGACAACCAUGAAAGAUCUGGGUGUAGAGAAGAGAUCUCCUGGAGCUAGCUGGGUUGAAAUCAAUAAGAGAGUUCAUGUAUUUGCAGCUUCUGAUACAUAUCACCCUUCUUAUAGUCUGGUUCACUUGUUGCUACUUCAACUGGAUGACCAACUAAGGCUAACAGGCUAUGUCCCUGAAUUGGGGUCUAUUUUAUAGUGAUGCAUGAAGGAUUGAGAUUAUAAUGCAAUUUUCAAACUUUGGGGGUUUUGAACCACUGGCUGAAACUCAGUUUUCUAAGUAGGCCAGUAACAGAAAAUUAUUGGCUAAAACUUAGUUUGCUGAGUAUUCACUAGAGAAAAAAAAGGCAAUUUAUGCUCACCUGAAGCACAGAAAAUGAUACAUUUUUUUCAGUGGUGAUAGUAUUAAAAGGUGCAGAGUCAACAGAACAGGCUUUUUGGAAGUCAUAAAGGGUCGCCAUUAUCAUAAUAUUGGCUCAUCUCGUCUCUGUUUCAUACUUUAAUGAAUUCACAGAGACAUAAUAAUUUAGUGGCGGUUGAAAAGAAGAAAAAAUGGUGGGGCCUCCUCAUAACUCAAUCUGAGAUGUUAUUUUGCAAGUGACCCAUUUUGUGCCCCUCAAGGCUAAGGAACCCUAUAAUCCCCAAACUUUGAAAUCAAAUAUCACUCCUAUGAGUCCUACUUUCACAUUCACAAAACCUAACAUCAAUUUGCAGAUAUCUAUCAUCAAUCUAGGGUGCUUGUUCGCAAUUCGAUCUCCAAGUGGUAAGCAUAAUCUUCUAUCCCGUCCACUUCAAUGAGUUGUGCUACCCAAAGCCUUUCUUCAUUGGUGUCAAAUUCGCCACUUGUUCCCUCCAGACCAGGAAAGCUACCAUGUCAUCUCUGGGAACUUCCAAAGGGAUUCUAGAAAUUGCCAAGUUUGGUGUGUAUGUGACUGUACCAAUCAUUCUCAUGUACACUUUUGCCAACAAUUCCAGCAANCUCCGCAAGUUCAUGGGAAAUGUAUUCUCCUUAAUCAACUUCUCAUAUCUCAAAAUCAUUCUGGGAGGUCAUACAUUGAAUAUCCACCAGAGGCAGAAAGGCCACCAUCACCUGAUGAACUUAGGCAAAUGGCACGGGAGAUUGCCCGUAGGAGGAACAAUACUUGAUUUCCAUGUAGUUGGCCUAAAACUUCUGUUUUGCCUUCAAAUAUGAAGAAAAAUAAAUGAUAUUGGAGAUUCAGUUGUAUCUGUAAUUCAUAUUUUUCAUAUUUUCUAGUUGAGUGGUGUGUUAUUUUUAUUGAAAAAUGACUUUGGGAUUCA